UGGACGGUCAAAAUGCCUCCACGGGCUGGUAAUUCUAGGUUAACGCGCAUUAACAAGCGAAGUGUCGACAAUAGUGCUAACGCUAAUGGUACCUCGCAGCCAGCAAGGGUUCCCCUACCACAGCCCGUAGAGCCAGAAAAGUCACAAGUACCUCAAGAGCCUAUUCCACCAGCGAGGCGUGGGCGACCGCCAAAGCGAGCUCAAACGCCAAAGCCUUCAACGCAGGAACCUGCUGCUCUACAGCCAACUCCAAGUGUAAGCCCAUCCGACGAUGAGUGCGAAGACGUCAUACCAGAGAGUGACGCCCAUGAACCAAACAGUGGCGCGUAUGACGCUCCUUCAUUCACUGAGACGUUCAUUCGGCUACUCUCAGACAACGAGGUACGAGUGUUCUACAGACAACUCUACGAACAGCGUAAUAGGAGGGUCGGCUGACAACAAUCAGGCCGUUAGGAUGAUCUUCGAAUCUGACAUCAUUCUUCCGGCUGUGGUCCAGAAGAACUUGAAAUUCCUUUACCAAAGAUUCUCCAUGGCAAAGAACACAACGGCUCCACGCAGGGUGCCAAAGCAAGUAGAAGACUCUGCUGGCCGCUCACCUUCUGGUGUGUCACGCAAUUCAUUGGUAUUUACACCGAUUGUACGUCCAGCUUAUGAUCCAUGGACCAUACUAAAGCGAGAGACUGGAGUAAAUGACGCCCUUGAGAACUUGCUGCGGAAGUGUAAUGGCUCCCCCGAGCGAUUUUUUGAUUUAGGAACUCGAAAGCUGUCGGUAGGCCCGAACAUUGGCGAAAUCAUCUUCUUCCUCGACUCCUUGACAGACCAGACAGUCCAUGUCCGAGCAUGUAUCUACUAUUGCUGGCUGGUAUACCACGAGUUUCUUAAGCUCUUCCCGGUGUCGAAUUCUCGCCAGGGUGCCGCCGCAAGGAAGCCGAUAAAGGCUACCCGAGAUGCCAUUGCUGACUUCCUGGAGUCGCUGUGGCCGAACGAUCCUCGGUUUCGGCUCAGGACGCUGGAGAAGAUUGAUGAAAGCGUAGCUUUUGGAAAGCGUAUGGGCCACUUCGUUUCAAUCUGGGGUCCUGGUUGCUUGUUUAUAUUUGCACAGGCCGAUUUGAACCGACACCAGGACGAGUUGAGCUUGAAGAAGCACGUACCACUAUGAAAUUCCAUGAUAUCUUCAUACUAAUAAGCCAUAGAUUCUGGAGAGAGGUCCCGUUUUCCGGAACAAAGUGGUGGCCACAAGCCCAGGACCACUUCACACAAGCAGGUCUUGCACAGCUCUGCAAGGUAUCCGGUUUAAAUGAUUUUGCCAACCGGUUGCUUCACUUCGCACUGUCAAAGAUGAGAUCCCAGGUCGACGAUUUUAAUAACGAAGACUCGGCAUCGUCCAUAGAGGAAGAAGAUCUAGAGGGACGGGUGGAU